AUGCUCAGCUCAGUGGCGUAUUUUAUCCAGUCGCCAACGACCUCCCCCUCACGAGUCAUCAAGAAAAAAAGCUCCCCGCAAUCCCGCUUCCACCGCCCGCCACUUCGUGCCAUCAACACUUUCCUCUCACCCACUCCCAUCAUGAAGAACAAAGAAGGUUGGGACGGAAAGUUACGAAUGGAGCCCCCGAAAGCUGUCAUCACAAAUCCCGAGGCGUUGGAGGAUUCCGAUUACUCCGACCCUGAGGCUCCACCAGUGGACGAGAUUGAUGCUGAUGAAGAUUUACUGGAGGGUGAGGACGUGAAUGUCGAGGAUAUCGAUCUCGUCCAUUGUCGCAUAUCUUCGAUUGCUGCGCUGCACUUGGAACGGUUCAACAAACUCCAGAGAUUAUGCCUACGCCAGAACCAAAUAUCGCGCGUCGACUUCCCGUCUAAUGUCGCCGCUACCCUUACCGAGCUUGAUCUCUAUGACAACCUUAUCUCCCAUCUCAAGGGUCUGGAUGAAUUCCAUAACUUGACAAGCUUGGAUUUCAGCUUCAACAAGCUAAAGCAUAUUAAGAAUAUUUCACAUCUUGUGAAGCUUACCGAGCUGUUCUUCGUGCAGAAUAAGAUUUCAAAGAUUGAAGGGUUAGAAGGAUUGACCGUCCUGCGGAAUUUGGAGCUGGGCGCAAAUCGGAUUAGAGAAAUUGAAAACCUCGAAACUCUUUCUGCGCUGGAAGAACUCUGGUUAGGAAAGAACAAGAUCACCGAGAUGAAGAACCUCGACAGUCUCUCCAACCUUCGCAUUAUCUCCAUCCAAUCCAACCGCCUCACAAGCAUCACUGGCCUCUCCGCUCUCCCCAACCUCGAAGAGAUCUAUCUUUCUCACAACGCCAUCACCGACCUCUCCGGCCUUGAGUCAAACACGACCCUGCGUAUCUUGGACUUCUCCAAUAACCAGGUCACCAACCUGGAGCACCUCUCUACGCUGAAGAACCUCGAAGAGCUCUGGGGAUCUAAUAACACGCUUGCCAGCUUCGAGGAGGUCGAGCGUGAGCUGAAGGAUAAGGAGAAGUUGGAGACCGUCUACUUCGAGGGCAAUCCUUUGCAGUUGAACGGGCCUGCUGUCUAUCGCAAUAAGGUGCGGUUGGCGUUGCCGCAGGUUACUCAGAUCGAUGCGAGUAUGUUUUCCUCCCUUCAAGUUUGCUCUGCGAAUGCUAACCUUAUUCUGAAGCUUACGUGCGGGUCUGAAAUUACCCAUUGGAAUGAUAUUGGUGGUUUUGUGUCUCAUGGUCAGCUCGAGUAA